AUGGAGCACAUGUUACUGCUAUUCGUAUUUUUCAUACCUAUAUUGGGUCUCACUGAUGGAACAGAAACUGAACAAGAUUUUACUUGGCACUUAAAGAAGAUUCCUCAGAUUGUGAGCGAAAGAACUUUCUCCCUUGACAGCCCUAAAUUUGAAGCAAAAACCAAAUUAGAGCUGGACAGUGUAUGUGGAAUCGAAUGUCAAAGAAAAUUGCCGGUGCCAAGCUUGUCUGACUUGAAGGACCUCUUAUCCUAUGAGACCGUUUUUGAAAACGGCACGCGGACUCUGACUGAAGUGAAAGUCCUCGGGCUAGUGCUUGACCCAGCUGGAAACACAACCACACGAAGGUCUUCACGAAGGAAGAGGCAGAUAUAUGGAACGGACAGUAGGUUCAGCAUCUAUGACAAGCGGUUUAUGACCAACUUCCCGUUCAACACAGCGGUGAAGAUCUCCACCGGCUGCAGUGGCGUCCUCAUUUCCCCCAAGCACGUGCUAACAGCUGCCCACUGUCUGCACAACGGCAAGGAUUAUGUCAAGGGCAGCAAAAGGCUGAGAGUGGGCCUGAUGAAGACGAAAUCCAGAGGCGAGGGCAGGAAACGCAAAGGUGCGAAAAGAAGUAGGAGGGAAGUUUCUGCAGCCCAAGAGGAUCCCGAAGCUGUCAAAGAACUAAGGCGGCAAUCCAAAGGUGGUGGGAGAAAGCAGAGGAGAUCUGGGAGGAAGCAGGGGACCUCAGAUGGCACGCCCUCCUUCCAGUGGACCAGGGUGAAGAGUACCCACAUCCCAAAAGGCUGGUUUAAGGGUGUCUCUGGAGAUAUUGCCCUGGAUUAUGACUAUGCUGUUCUUGAGCUCAAGCGUCCUCACAAAAGGAAAUACAUGGAGCUGGGAAUCAGCCCAACAAUCAAAAUGAUGCCUGGGAGCAUGAUCCACUUCUCAGGUUUUGACAAUGAUCGAUCUGGGCAGCUGGUCUAUAGAUUUUGUAGCAUUUCUGAUGAGUCCAAUGAUCUCUUUUAUCAGUACUGUGAUGCUGAGCCUGGCUCCACUGGAUCUGGUGUCUAUCUCCGUCUUAAGGAGCCGAACAAAAAGAAGUGGAAACGCAAGAUCAUCGCCGUUUACUCAGGCCACCAGUGGGUGGAUGUCAAUGGUGAACAGCAGGAUUACAAUGUAGCAGUAAGAAUUACUCCUCUCAAAUAUGCCCAGAUUUGCUUCUGGAUACACGGGAAUGAUGAGAAUUGCACACAGGGCUGA